AUGGCAACGGCGUGGUGUAUCGUCGGUCCACGGUUCGCGGCUGCCGCUGCUGCUGCAUGCAGUCGCCAUGCACUCCGCGUUUUGAAGCUUCUCUCUGCUGCAGCUUUCGCAGUGGCAGCUGCGACUGCAAAAGAAGAUCGGCAGCGGACGAGGCAGCGAGAGCAGCCUGAACAGCGUGCAAAGGAAAAGAACGCUUCUGCGUCUUUUUCGCGAGCAGCCGCAGUCGGCGUAGCCGCCACACGCGCAGCAGCGGCAACAAGAGUUGCGCCGUCCGAUGAGAGAGAGAAAGACAAGAAACACCCCCCUGAUCUCACUCCUGCUCAAAAACAACAAAAUCAGCAGCAAAAACAACAACAACAGCAGCAAAAACAACAACAAAAGCAGCAAAAACAGCAACAGCAAAAGCAUCUGGAUAAGCAACAGCAAGAGCAACAAGAGCAAGAGCAACAGCAAGAGCAACAAGAGCAAGAGCAACAAGAGCAAGAGCAACAAGAGCAACAGCAGCAACAAGAGCAAGAGCAACAAGAGCAAGAGCAACAAGAGCAAGAGCAACAAGAGCAAGAGCAACAGCAAGAGCAACAAGAGCAAGAGCAACAAGAGCAAGAGCAACAGCAAGAGCAACAAGAGCAACAAGAGCAACAGCAAGAGCAACAAGAGCAAGAGCAACAGCAACAUGAACUUUCCUUGGAGCAAGUCGCUCAGGCAGGAGGAAUCCCUCUAAGCCCUUGGCUGCAGCCUUUUGUGCUCUAA